AUGGAGAAGCAGAACAGAGAAGGCUGCAAUGCAGGAAGAUCCUCUCAGGGCCUACAAUGUGGUCCUGAGAGGGUUCCUGGAAGCCUAGAGUUUGUUCUGAAGAAGAGUUCUCAGGGACCAUAUUGUGAGCUGGAGAAUCCUCCUCCAGGCCUUGACCCCAACACCCCACAUUUACCCAUGUCCCUGCCCAUAGUCUCAGAUUUGGGGCAGCCCCGGAAGUCACCACUGACAGACACUGAAAAGAAGUAUCCAUUGAUGAAGCAGCGUGGGUUCUACUCUGAUAUCCUCAGUCCUGGAACCUUGGAUCAACUUGGGAAUGUGUGUCGUGGCCCCUGCGUAAAACAGAACUUGCUGCGUCAGGCUGACCUUGACAAGUUCACCCCAAAAGUCAGAACUUUUGAGAUUCCUGAGGACUUUGAGGAGCGUGUGGAGCAGCAAUGCAUUGGGUCUACCACACGCCUGCUCACCCAUACGGACUUCCCGCUGCGGGCCUACGAGCCCAAGGUGCAGGUGCCCUUCCAGGUGCUGCCGGGCCAGUGUCCCCGCAAGAUUGAGAUUGAGAGGAGGAAGCGGCAGUACCUGAGCCUGGACAUUGAACAGUUGCUGGCCAAAGAGGGCAUUGACUCCAACAAGCUCAUGCCCAGGCACCCAGACCCCCAAAAUCCCCAAACCAUUGAACAGGGCCAUGACCCACUCUUCCCCAUCUAUCUUCCACUGAAGGUGUUUGACAAUGAGGAGUUUGACUGCAGGACUCCCAGAGAGUGGCUCAACAUGGGCUUGGAUCCAGAGUCUCAGAACAGGAAACCUGUGCCUGGAAAAGCCCUCCUGCCCACUGAUGAUUUCCUGGGACAUGAGGACCCCAAGAGUCAGAGACUGGACUACAAAUGGUGUGAGGUUGGCAUCCUGGACUAUGAUGAGGAGAACAAGCUGUACCUGGUGCAUAAAACGGAUGAGAAAGGCUUGGUGCGAGAUGAGACAGGGAUGCCCAUCCUGAAUGGAGGAGUCACAGACAAAGGAAGGCCACCCCUUCUGGUAUGUCAGUACUGGGUGCCACGGAUCCAGCUUCUCUUCUGUGCUGAGGAUCCUCGCGUGUUCACACAGCGUGUGGUCCAGGCCAAUGCCCUGCGCAAGAACACGGAGGCACUGCUGCUGUACAACCUGUAUGUGGACUGCAUGCCCUCGGAGGGCCAGUGGCUCAUCAAUGAGCAGAGCCUAAGCAAGAUCAAGCAAUGGGCCAUGAGCACACCCCGGAUGCGCAAAGGGCCACAGGUCCUUGAACACCUUAGCAGUCUCACCAGAGAAGUGAGCCUGGACUACGAGCGUAGCAUGAACAAGAUCAACUUUGACCAAAUAGUCUCCUCCAAGCCCGGAACGUUCUCCUACGUGACCCUGCCCAUGAAGGAGGAGGAGAAGGUACCUGAGCAUGGAAUGGUGCAAGUCCCCAAGUACCCCUUCCGGGAGCAGAAGGAAGACUUCACCUUUGUGUCCCUGCUCACACGGCCAGAAGUCAUCACGGCCCUGAGCAAGGUGCGGGCUGAGUGCAACAAGGUGACUUGCAUGUCACUGUUCCACUCGAACCUCUCUAAGUACAGCCGCCUGGAGGAAUUUGAGCAGAUCCAGUCGCAGACCUUCUCCCAGGUGCAGAUGUUCCUCAAGGACAGCUGGAUCAGCACACUGAAGGUAGCCAUGCGCAGCAGCCUGCGGGACAUGAGCAAGGGCUGGUACAACCUCUAUGAGACCAACUGGGAGGUGUACCUCAUGUCAAAACUCCGCAAGCUAAUGGAGCUGAUCAAGUACAUGCUGCAGGACGCACUGCGCUUCCUGGUGCAGGACUCACUGGCCAGCUUCUCGCAGUUCAUCAGUGAUGCCUGCUGCAGUGUGCUCGAAUGCACCGACGGCAUGGUCUGGGGUGAAGACUUCAUAAACAGCCCCUACAGACCCCGGAAGAAUCCUCUGUUUAUCGUGGACCUGGUGCUGGACAGCUCUGGGGUACACUAUAGCACCCCACUGGAGCAGUUCGAGACAACUGUGCUCAGCCUCUUUGACAAGGGCAUCCUGGCUACCCACGCUGUACCGCAGCUGGAGAAGCUGGUGAUGGAGGAUAUCUUUAUCAGUGGCAACCCCUUGCUGGAGUCAGUGGGGCUUCAUGAGCCACUGGUGGAAGAGCUGCGGGCCAUGAUCGCUAAUGCCAUGCACCAGGCCAUGGUUCCUCUGCAGGCCUAUGCCAAGGAAUAUAGAAAGUACCUAGAGCUGAACAACAGUGAUGUUGCCACCUUCCUCAAGGACUACCAGACACAGAGCCCGACAGCUGAGGAGGUGCGGGAGGUGGUGCUCACCCACCUGAUGGAGAAAGAAAUCUUGGACAACUCACUGCCCAGCAGCAUCGUCAUCGGGCCCUUCUAUAUCAACGUUGACAACGUCAAACAGAGCCUGUCCAAGAAACGCAAAACCCUGGCCAAUUCCAUGCUGGACAUCCUGGCCAAGAACCUACACAAUGAAGUGGAAAGUAUCUGUGAGGCAUUCCGCAGCAUCAGCCGCAAAAUCUAUGAGAAGCCUAACAGCAUAGAGGAGCUUGCUGAACUGCGGGAGUGGAUGAAGGGCAUCCCUGAGAAGCUAGCCAUGCUGGAGGAGCGGAUUGCAAAGGUCAUAGAUGACUACGAGGUUAUAGAUGAAUUCCUUUACAACCUCAGCAAUGAAGACUUCAAUGACAAAUGGGCUGCCAGCAACUGGCCUUCUAAGAUCCUCGGACAGAUAGAGAUGGUGCGGCAGCAGCACAUUGAGGAUGAGGAAAAGUUCCGCAAAAUCCAAAUCAUGGACCAGAACAACUUCCAGGAGAAGCUGGAAGGGCUGCAGCUGGUGGUAGCUGGCUUUUCCACCCAUGUGGAUAUCACUCGAGCACAUGAGAUUGCCAACGAGGUGCGGAGGGUCAAGAAGCAGCUGAAAGAUUGCCAGCAGCUGGCGAUGCUCUACAACAACCGCGAGCGCAUCUUUGGCUUGCCCAUCACCAAUUAUGACAAGCUUUUGAGAAUGGUGAAGGACUUCCAGCCCUACCUAGACCUCUGGACCACAGCCUCUGACUGGCUGCGCUGGUCUGAGAGCUGGAUGAAUGAUCCCCUGUCAGCCAUUGAUGCUGAGCAGCUGGAGAAGAACGUUAUUGAGUCCUUCAAGACCAUGCACAAGUGUGUUAAGCAGUUCAAGGACAUACCAGCCUGCCAGGAUGUCGCCUUAGACAUCCGAGCCCGCAUUGAGGAGUUCAAGCCAUACAUCCCGCUGAUCCAGGGGCUGCGCAACCCUGGUAUGCGGAACCGGCACUGGGAUAUACUCUCCAAUGAGAUCAACAUCAAUGUCAGACCCAAGGCCAACCUGACCUUUGCCCGCUGCCUUGAUAUGAACCUUCAGGACCAUAUUGAGAGCAUCAGCAAGGUGGCUGAGGUUGCUGGCAAGGAAUAUGCCAUCGAACAGGCACUAGACAAGAUGGAGAAAGCGUGGUCCACCAUCCUGUUCAAUGUGUUGCCCUACAAGGAGACAGAAACCUACAUCCUCAAAAGCCCAGAUGAGGCCUCACAACUGCUGGACGACCACAUUGUCAUGACCCAAAGCAUGUCCUUCUCACCCUACAAGAAGCCUUUUGAGCAGCGCAUCAACUCCUGGGAGACCAAACUGAAGCUCACCCAGGAGGUGCUGGAGGAAUGGCUGAACUGCCAGCGGUCCUGGCUCUACCUUGAGCCCAUCUUCAGAUCUGAAGACAUCACCCGGCAACUGCCUGUGGAAAGCAAGCGCUACCAGACCAUGGAGCGGAUCUGGAGGAAGAUCAUGAAGAACGCCUAUGAGAACCGGGAGGUCAUCAAUGUGUGUCCUGACCAGAGGCUGCUAGAGAGCCUGCGGGACUGCAACAAACUGCUGGACCUGGUGCAGAAGGGCCUCAGCGAGUACCUAGAGACCAAACGGAGUGCCUUCCCGAGAUUCUACUUCCUGUCAGAUGAUGAGCUGCUAGAGAUCUUGUCCCAGACAAAGGACCCUAUGGCUGUGCAGCCCCACCUGCGCAAGUGCUUCGAGAACAUUGCCCGGCUGCUGUUCCAGGAGGACCUGAAGAUCACACACAUGUACUCGGCGGAGGGUGAGGAGGUACAGCUAUCCUUCUCCAUCUACCCCACCAGCAACGUGGAGGACUGGCUGCUGGAGGUGGAGCACAGCAUGAAGGCCAGUGUGCAUGACAUCAUCGAGAGGGCCAUCCGGGCCUACCCCACAAUGCCCAGGACCCAGUGGGUUCUGAACUGGCCAGGCCAAGUGACCAUUGCUGGCUGCCAGACGUACUGGACCAUGGAAGUUGGGGAGGCUCUGGAGGUCAGCAACCUCAGCAGCCAGCUGUUUCCCCAGCUCUCCAAGCAGCUCAGUGACCUGGUGGCCCUGGUACGGGGUAAGCUGUCCCACAUGCAGCGAGCAGUGCUGUCAGCGCUGAUUGUCAUUGAGGUCCACGCCAAGGACGUUGUAAGCAAGUUGAUCCAGGAGGGAGUGGUCAGCGUGAAUGACUUUGAGUGGAUCUCACAGCUCAGGUACUACUGGACAAAUAACAACUUGUACAUCCGUGCUGUGAACGCCGAGUUCAUCUAUGGCUAUGAGUACCUAGGAAAUAGUGGAAGACUGGUGAUCACACCCCUCACUGACAGGUGCUAUCUGACCCUGACUGGAGCUCUGCAUCUCAAAUUUGGGGGUGCCCCAGCUGGUCCAGCUGGCACAGGGAAAACAGAGACCACCAAAGACCUGGGCAAGGCCUUCGCCAUACAGACAGUUGUGUUCAACUGCUCUGACCAGCUCGAUUUCAUGGCCAUGGGCAAGUUCUUCAAAGGCCUGGCUAGUGCUGGGGCCUGGGCCUGCUUCGAUGAGUUCAACCGCAUUGACAUCGAGGUGCUGUCAGUGGUGGCACAGCAGAUCACCACCAUCCAGAAGGCACAGCAGCAGCGGGUGGAGCGCUUUAUGUUUGAGGGUGUCGAGAUCCCACUUGUACCAUCCUGUGCAGUGUUUAUCACCAUGAACCCUGGAUAUGCUGGCCGAACAGAGCUGCCUGACAAUCUGAAGGCACUCUUCCGGCCCGUGGCCAUGAUGGUUCCGGAUUAUGCCAUGAUUGCGGAGAUCUCCCUCUACUCCUUUGGCUUCAGUGAGGCUAAUGUGCUGGCUAAGAAGAUCACGACAACCUUCAAGUUGUCUUCGGAGCAGCUCAGCUCCCAGGAUCACUAUGACUUCGGGAUGCGAGCUGUGAAGACUGUGAUCUCAGCAGCUGGGAACCUCAAGCGAGAAAACCCCAGUAUGGAUGAGGAGCUGAUCUGCCUCCGGGCCAUCAGGGAUGUGAACGUGCCCAAGUUCCUGCAGGAGGACCUCAAGCUCUUUGCGGGAAUUGUGUCUGACCUGUUCCCCACCAUCAAGGAGGAGGACACUGACUAUGGGAUCCUGGACAAAGCCAUCCGCAAGGCCUGUGAGAAGAAAAACCUCAAGGACGUGGAGGGCUUCCUGACCAAGUGCAUCCAGCUCUACGAGACCACAGUGGUGCGGCAUGGCCUCAUGCUUGUUGGGCCCACAGGCUCUGGCAAGAGUAACUGUUAUAGAGUCCUGGCAGCUGCUAUGACGAUGCUGAAAGGGCAGCCAUCUGUCAGUGGUGGUGUGUAUGAGGCUGUCAACUACUACGUGCUCAACCCCAAGGCUAUCACAAUGGGCCAGCUGUAUGGGGAGUUUGAUGUGCUCACCCAUGAGUGGACAGAUGGGAUUUUCUCCUCUCUCAUCCGCGGGGCUGUCACCAAUGACACCAACAAGAAGUGGUACAUGUUCGACGGGCCAGUAGAUGCUGUCUGGAUUGAGAACAUGAACACGGUGCUGGAUGACAACAAGAAGUUGUGCCUCAGCUCUGGGGAGAUCAUCAAGCUCACAGAGGCAAUGACCAUGAUGUUCGAGGUACAGGACCUGGCAGUGGCCUCCCCAGCCACCGUGUCCCGCUGUGGCAUGGUGUACUUAGAGCCCAGCAUCCUGGGCCUCAUGCCCUUCAUUGAGUGCUGGCUAAGAAAGAUCCCUACCUUGCUGAAGCCCCACGAGGACCAGUUCAAGGACCUCUUUGCCAGGUUUCUGCAGGAUUCCAUUGACUUUGUUCGGUCCUCAGUGAAGGAGGUGAUCCCCUCAACCAACAGCAACCUGACCAUCAGCUUCCUUAAGCUGCUCGACUGCUUCUUCAAACCCUUUCAGCCUAGAGAGGACCUCAAGAGGUUCCCCUCAGAAAAACUCAGUCGCAUCUCAGAGCUGAUCGAGCCCUGGUUCAUCUUCUCUCUGGUCUGGAGUGUGGGCGCCACUGGGGACAGUAGCAGCCGCAUCAGCUUCAGCCACUGGCUGAGGAAGAAGAUGAUAGCAGAAAAUCUGACUCUCCACUUCCCUGAAGAGGGGCUGGUGUUCGAUUACAGACUGGAGGACGCCGGGAUCAGCAGCACAGAGGAUGAAGACGAUGAAGAGGAGGAGGGCAAGCAGGUUACCUGGGUGAAGUGGAUGGACUCCUCAGCAACAUUCACCAUGAUGCCAGACACCAACUAUUGCAACAUCAUCGUGCCCACCAUGGACACUGUGCAGAUGUCCUACCUGCUGGGCAUGCUGCUCACCAACCACAAGCCCGUGUUGUGUAUUGGGCCGACGGGCACGGGGAAAACCAUCACUGUCUCUGACAAACUCCUCAAGAACCUGCCACUGGAGUACAUCAGCCACUUCCUCACCUUCUCUGCACACACAUCAGCCAACCAGACCCAGGACCUCAUCGACAGCAAGCUGGACAAGAGGCGGAAGGGUGUGUUCGGGCCACCCUUGGGGCGCAACUUCAUCUUCUUCAUUGAUGACCUGAAUAUGCCAGCCCUGGAGACAUACGGCGCACAGCCGCCCAUUGAGCUGUUGCGCCAGUGGAUGGACCAUGGUGGCUGGUAUGACCAUAAGAUCAUUGGAGCCUUCAAGAACCUGGUGGACAUCAACUUUGUCUGUGCCAUGGGCCCCCCGGGGGGAGGCAGAAAUUCCAUCACCCCAAGGCUGACACGUCACUUUAACUACUUGUCCUUCACCGAGAUGGAUGAGGUCAGCAAGAAACGCAUCUUCUCCACCAUCCUGGGAUGCUGGAUGGAUGGACUCCUUGGAGAAAGAAGUUAUCGAGAGCCUGUGCCUGGAGCCCCCAACAUUGCCCACCUCACAGAGCCUCUUGUGGAAGCCACCAUCAUGGUGUAUGCCACUGUCACCUCCCAGCUACUGCCCACUCCAGCCAAGUCCCACUAUACCUUCAACCUGAGGGACCUCUCCAAGGUCUUCCAGGGCAUGCUUAUGGCCGACCCAGCCAACGUUGAGGACAAGGUGCAGCUGCUGCGACUGUGGUAUCAUGAGAACUGCCGCGUGUUCCGUGACCGACUGGUGAAUGAGGAGGACCGUCACUGGUUUGACCAACUCCUCGAGAAACACAUGGAGCAGUGGGAGGUGGCCUUCAAUGAUGUCUGCCCCUUCCAGCCCAUUCUUUAUGGGGACUUCAUGUCGCCAGGCUCAGAUGUGAAGUCCUAUGAGCUUAUCGUCAGUGAGAGUAAGAUGAUGAAUGUGAUCGAGGAGUACAUGGAGGACUACAACCAGAUCAACACAGCCAAGCUGACGUUGGUCCUCUUCAUGGAUGCCAUGAGCCACAUCUGCCGCAUCAGCCGCACUCUGCGCCAGGCUCUGGGCAAUGCACUCCUGCUAGGCGUGGGUGGCAGUGGCCGCAGCUCCCUCACCCUGCUCGCCUCACAUAUGGCCGAGUAUGAGUGCUUCCAGAUUGAGCUGUCCAAGAACUACGGCAUGGCUGAGUGGCGUGAAGAUGUCAAGAAGGUCCUGCUUAAGGCCGGCCUGCAGAACCUCCCCAUCACCUUCCUGUUCUCGGAUACCCAGAUCAAGAAUGAGUCCUUCCUGGAGGACAUCAACAAUGUCCUGAACUCGGGUGACAUUCCCAACCUCUACAAUGCUGAAGAGCAGGACCUAAUUGUCAAUACCAUGCGGCCCUACAUCCAGGAGCAGGGCCUGCAGCCCACCAAGGCCAACCUCAUGGCUGCCUACACUGGGCGUGUGCGCAGUAACAUCCAUAUGGUACUGUGUAUGAGCCCCAUUGGAGAAGUCUUCCGAGCUCGUCUGAGGCAGUUUCCCUCCCUUGUCAACUGCUGUACCAUUGACUGGUUUAACGAGUGGCCAGCAGAGGCCCUGGAGUCUGUGGCCACCAGAUUCCUGAAUGAGAUCCCAGAACUGGAAUGUUCCUCAGAAAUAAUUGAAGGACUGAUUCAGGUUUGUGUGUACAUCCACCAGUCAGUAUCUAAGAAGUGCAUUGAGUACCUGGCAGAGCUAGCCCGCCACAACUAUGUGACCCCCAAGAGCUAUUUGGAGCUGCUCCGUAUUUUCUCCAUCCUCUUUGGGCAGAAGAAACUGGAGCUGAAAACUGCCAAAAACCGAAUGAAGAGUGGCCUAGACAAGCUGCUGCGCACUUCUGAAGACGUGGCCAAGAUGCAGGAGGAGCUAGAGAUUAUGCGCCCCCUGCUGGAGGAGGCUGCCAAGGACACCAUACUCACUAUGGAGCAGAUCAAGGUGGAUACAGCCAUUGCUGAGGAGACCCGAAAUUCAGUCCAGGCAGAGGAGAUAAAGGCCAAUGAGAAGGCCAGUAAGGCACAAGCUAUUGCUGAUGAUGCUCAGAAGGAUCUGGAUGAGGCAUUGCCAGCCCUGGACGCGGCCCUGGCCAGCCUCCGCAACCUCAACAAGAAUGACGUGACUGAGGUGCGCGCCAUGCAGCGGCCACCCCCAGGUGUGAAGCUGGUCAUAGAAGCUAUGUGCAUCAUGAAAGGCAUCAAGCCCAAGAAGGUUCCUGGAGAGAAGCCAGGCUCUAAAGUGGACGACUACUGGGAGCCAGGCAAAGGGCUGCUACAGGACCCUGGUCGCUUCCUUGAGGGCCUCUUCAAGUUUGACAAAGACAACAUUGCGGAGGCGGUGAUUAAAGCCAUCCAGCCAUACAUUGACAAUGAGGAGUUCCAGCCAGCUGCCAUUGCCAAAGUGUCCAAGGCCUGCACUUCUAUCUGCCAGUGGGUGCGUGCCAUGCACAAGUACCACUUUGUGGCCAAGGCAGUGGAGCCCAAGCGGCAAGCCCUGCAGGAGGCCCAGGACGACUUGGAGGUGACCCAGAAGAUCCUGGAGGAAGCAAAGCAGCGCCUGCGUGAGGUGGAGGAUGGCAUUGCCACGUUGCAGGCCAAGUACCGAGAAUGUGUCGCCAAGAAAGAGGAGCUGGAACUGAAAUGUGAGCAGUGCGAGCAGCGGCUGGGCCGUGCUGACAAGCUCAUCAAUGGACUGUCAGAUGAGAGGGUGCGCUGGCAGGAGACAGUAGAGAACCUGGAGCACAUGCUUGACAACAUCUCUGGUGACAUCCUGCUAGCCUCCGGCUUUGUGGCCUACCUAGGACCCUUCACGGGCCAGUAUCGCACAGCACUCUAUGACCAGUGGGUCAAGCAGCUCACAACUCACCAAGUUCCUCACUCCUCUGAGCCCACGCUAAUUGGGACACUGGGGAAUCCUGUGAAGAUCCGCUCAUGGCAGAUUGCUGGCCUCCCCAAUGACACUUUGUCAGUGGAGAAUGGGGUCAUCAACCAGUACUCCCAGCGUUGGACCCACUUCAUUGACCCUCAAAGCCAGGCCAACAAGUGGAUCAAGAACAUGGAGAAGGACAACGGACUGGAUGUGUUCAAACUGAGUGACUGCGACUUCCUGCGCAGCAUGGAGAAUGCCAUCCGCUUUGGCAAGCCAUGCCUUCUGGAGAAUGUGGGCGAGGAGUUGGACCCAGCCCUGGAGCCUGUGCUGCUCAAGCAGACAUACAAGCAACAGGGGAACACGGUGCUAAAGCUGGGGGACACGGUGAUUCCCUACCAUGAGGACUUCAGGAUGUACAUAACCACCAAGCUGCCCAACCCACACUACACUCCCGAGAUCUCCACCAAACUCACCCUCAUCAACUUCACCCUGUCACCCAGUGGCCUAGAGGACCAGCUACUGGGCCAGGUAGUGGCUGAGGAGCGACCUGAUCUAGAAGAGGCCAAGAACCAACUGAUCAUUAGUAAUGCCAAAAUGCGUCAGGAGCUGAAGGAUAUUGAAGACCAGAUCCUCUACCGGCUCAGCAGCUCUGAGGGCAACCCUGUGGAUGACAUGGAGCUCAUCAAGGUGCUGGAGGCUUCCAAGAUGAAAGCUGCUGAGAUCCAGGCCAAGGUCAGGAUUGCAGAGCAGACAGAGAAGGACAUUGACCUCACACGCAUGGAGUACAUACCUGUGGCUGUCCGUACCCAGAUCCUCUUCUUCUGUGUGUCUGACCUGGCCAAUGUGGAUCCCAUGUACCAGUACUCCCUGGAGUGGUUCCUCAACAUCUUCCUCUCUGGCAUUGCCAACUCAGAAAGGGCAGACAACCUGAAGAAGCGCAUCACCAACAUCAACCGCUACCUGACAUACAGCCUCUACAGCAAUGUCUGCCGGAGCCUCUUUGAGAAGCACAAGCUGAUGUUUGCCUUCCUGCUGUGUGUCCGCAUCAUGAUGAAUGAGGGCAAGAUCAACCAGGGUGAGUGGCGCUACCUCCUGUCUGGGGGUUCCAUCCAGGUCAUGACUGAGAACCCUGCACCAGACUGGCUGUCAGACCGGGCCUGGCGAGACAUUCUCGCACUUUCGAACCUGCAAACAUUUUCCUCCUUCUCUGUUGACUUUGUGAAGCACCUCUCGGAAUUCCGGGUCAUCUUUGACAGCCUUGAGCCCCACCGGGAGCCCCUGCCUGGCAUCUGGGACCAGUACCUGGACCAGUUCCAGAAGCUGUUGGUCCUCCGCUGCCUGCGUGGGGACAAGGUUACCAAUGCCAUGCAGGACUUUGUGGCCUCCCACCUGGAGCCACGCUUCAUUGAACCCCAGACAGCCAACCUGUCAGUAGUGUUCAAAGACUCAAACUCCACCACACCCCUCAUCUUUGUGCUGUCACCUGGCACAGACCCCGCUGCUGACCUCUACAAGUUUGCUGAAGAGAUGAAGUUCUCUAAGAAGCUCUCUGCCAUCUCCCUGGGCCAGGGUCAGGGCCCUCGGGCAGAAGCCAUGAUGCACAGCUCCAUAGAGAGGGGCAAGUGGGUCUUCUUCCAGAACUGUCACCUGGCACCAAGCUGGAUGCCAGCGCUGGAGCGCCUCAUUGAGCACAUCAACCCUGACAAGGUACACCGGGACUUCCGCCUGUGGCUCACCAGCCUUCCUAGCAACAAGUUCCCAGUAUCCAUCCUGCAAAAUGGCUCAAAGAUGACCAUUGAGCCACCACGUGGUGUCAAGGCCAACCUGCUAAAGUCCUACAACAGCCUCAAUGACGAUUUCCUCCUCUCCUGUAACAAGGUGAUGGAGUUCAAAUCCCUGCUGCUGUCUCUAUGCCUGUUCCAUGGGAAUGCACUGGAGCGUCGUAAGUUCGGGCCCCUGGGCUUCAACAUCCCCUAUGAGUUCACAGAUGGAGACCUGCGCAUCUGCAUAAGCCAGCUCAAGAUGUUCCUUGAUGAAUAUGAUGAUAUCCCCUACAAGGUCCUCAAGUACACAGCUGGGGAGAUCAACUAUGGGGGCCGAGUCACAGAUGACUGGGACCGCCGCUGUGUCAUGAACAUCCUAGAAGACUUCUACAACCCAGCUGUGCUCUCCCCUGAGCACAGCUAUAGUGCCUCUGGCGUUUACCACCAGAUCCAACCCACCUAUGAUCUCAAUGGCUACCUCUCCUAUAUCAAGGGCCUCCCACUCAAUGAUAUGCCCGAGAUCUUCGGCCUACACGACAACGCCAACAUCACCUUUGCCCAGAAUGAGACUUUUGCCCUGCUCAGUGCCAUCAUCCAGCUACAGCCCAAAUCAUCCUCUGUGGGUGGCCAGGGUAGGGAAGAGAUAGUAGAGAAUGUGGCCCAGAACAUUCUGCUGCAAGUACCUGAGCCUAUCAACUUGCAAAAGGUGAUCACCAAGUACCCCGUGCUGUAUGAGGAAUCAAUGAACACAGUGCUGGUACAAGAGGUCAUUAGGUACAACCGGCUGCUACAGGUGAUCACACAGACACUGAAAGACAUGCUCAAUGCACUCAAGGGGCUGGUGGUAAUGUCCUCCCAGCUAGAGCUGAUGGCUGCCAGCCUGUACAACAACACUGUACCUGAGCUCUGGAAUGCCAAGGCCUACCCAUCACUCAAGCCACUAGCCUCAUGGGUCAUGGACCUGCUACAGCGUCUGGAUUUUGUGCAUGGCUGGAUCCAAAACGGCAUCCCAGCUGUCUUCUGGAUCAGUGGCUUCUUCUUCCCUCAGGCUUUCCUGACAGGCACUCUGCAGAACUUUGCCCGAAAGUUUAUCAUCUCUAUCGACACUAUCUCCUUUGAUUUCAAGGUGAUGGCCCCGGCACCAUCAGAGCUUAAGAAAAGGCCCAAAGAGGGGUGCUAUAUCCACGGACUAUUCCUGGAAGGGGCCCGCUGGGAUCCAGUGGCCUUCCAGUUGGCUGAAUCUCGGCCCAAGGAGCUGUACACAGAGAUGGCUGUUAUCUGGCUCUUGCCAAUGCCAAACCGCAAGGCCCAGAGCCAGGACUUCUACCUGUGUCCCAUCUACAAGACACUAACCCGUGCUGGAACACUAUCUACCACAGGCCACUCCACCAACUAUGUCAUUGCUGUGGAGAUCCCCACCAACCAGCCUCAGCGACACUGGAUAAAGCGUGGUGUAGCCCUCAUCUGUGCCUUGGACUACUAG